AUGGCUUCUUUCCCUGCGUCGACCACAUCUGCUUCCGCUUACGCCCUCACGACCGCGUUCUCAGCUCCAACACAAUGCGCCGAGUCCGUAGGUGGAUUAACGAUGCUGGAACGUGACCAGUUCAGAAUAUGGCUUAACCAUCCCUUGCCAGUACCCUUGACGACAAUAUCAUCAUGUUAUCCCACGCAAUUUAUGUCAAGUUUCUUGCUCCAAACGUCUGGUGUCUCCCAAGUAGCUUUCAGUCCGCUAGUUUGCCCGGUUGGAUAUACAACACAGGGAAUCUACACAUCGAACUACAUUGCUUGCUGUCCAAGCGGCUAUGGCUUUGCUCCGGCGUCGAAUCCGCCAUCUAAUCGUCCCGCGUUUGGCGGAACGUGCUACACAAAUAUCUUCAAUGUCCCUAUUCAGAUCACAUCCUACGAUUCCGAAAGCAUUCAAGCGUCGUCCUUAUUCACAGCAACGGGGUCCUUAGACCAGGCAUAUGCCUUUCCCUACGAAGGCUUUGAGCUAGACAAAGCUACCCUUACAGGCAUCACGUCUACAGGUAGCCAAAUACCCAUUUCAACAACAACCUCGCCCCCAACGGGAUCCUCAAAAGCAAAACACAGCUCGGCAUUGAGUACAGGAGCACUUGCAGGAAUCAUCAUCGGGGCCGUAUUUGCGGCUUUGCUUCUCACGGGCGCCGUGGUAAUAAUGCUAAAGUAUAGGAAGAAGCGGAUGUCAAGUAGCAAAAACAGGUCGAGUCCAGAUCCAUCGCCAUUAGUGCACGAUAAGGAUCUGGUCGGUCAAUACGAGGGUACUGAAUUACAAGGAGUAGCCGAGAGGAAUGUUGAAUUACAAGGAGAAGCCGAGAGGAAUGUUGAAUUACAAGGAGAAGCCGAGAGGAAUGUUGAAUUGGAAGCGGAAGCAAGGAGGCAUGUAUAUGAAAUAGACGGAGUGCAGUCUAAUCAGUUUAGGACGUUAGACUAA